CUAAUAGGUGAUAUAAUGCCUUAUAUAUAGGUAUGAUAUAUUAUGUUGAACUCGUUUUCUCAUCGAGUGUCUCGCUUGUCUUGAGGGAGGAACUUUCUCUCGAUCACCACACCUGCUUUUUUCCAUAUCUGUUCCCUUCGUAACAAUAUUCCAGCUACAGUAGACGCUCUUUGGGUCACAUUGCUCCCUUUCCUAUCAUUUGCUUACUCGGGGAUAUUGACAACACCGUCAUGCUCCUGGUACUGCCUGUCCUUGGCCACUGAUGGGAGUGGACGGUCACUGUUGUCCCGAAUUCUGGUGUUCAUGAACAGUAUUGCUGCUCAUAGGUUCUCAGCAUUUCAGGCAAACAGCAACACCAGUCGCCAUGGCGACGGCUGUCCUUGAGGUGAGGCGACCAUGGUGAACGGUGGUGACAGUCAACUUUGGCCAUAUCCCAUGGGUUUCAUGUCCAAUCACUUUGACGAGCUGCGCACCGCGCGUAAAGAGGGUCGACCCCUACACCGGUCGGACACCUCGAACCAGAAGUCCGAUCGCUUUCACGAGCUGCGCACCGCACGUAGGGAAGGUCGGCCACUGCAUCAGUCGAAUACCUCGAAGAAAAGAGACGACCCAACGGAAGAGCGCCAUCCCGGACCUCGAUACAGGCGUCCGACUCCGCAUCAUAUCGAACCCUGUCGCGAUGAGGGAGUCUCCGAGCCCUACCCCAAAGGCGACAGCCCGCUGGCCGAUGCCUUGAGAGGGAGGUCGAGAUCCUCUCCGCCUCCCCGGACCCGGGCGCCAACACCACAUCCUCGUGCUUCGGCGCCGCGCAUGACGAAGAAGACGGUACGCUGGGCCGAUCCGUUGGAACAACCGACUCCGCGAAAGAUAGGAUCGGAAGAAAAGGGGAGGGACUCGGAGACACCGGAGAAAGAUGAGGAGGAAACCCCGGAGGAAGACCAGCCCUGUACUUUGCGCCGGUACAGGCCUUUAAGCAUCCCGCGACCCAAGCGCAGCGGUUCAGAGCCGGAAGUCUCCAAGCCGUCCUGUUCCGACCGUCGCCCAACCCCGAUCUUCACCAUCGAGGUGAAACUGGCGUCUCAAGCUCGCCAAUCUCCUCAGCGUUCGCUGAGUCCACUCAUUCCCCAAGCUAUGCCCGCACCCCUGCGCAUUUCCCCGAUCAAGACGUCUACACGUCGGGUCGCUCAUGCCAUUCCCUCUUCUUUUUCCGCUCCAGAAGUCCAGACCAAGUCCGCAACCAGAGACUUUUCCUUCGAAGGCCAACCCGAAAUCAUCAUCCUCAGUCCAGAUCACCGUCGCCCCCAUCAAUACCUUGUUCCCGAACCCACUCAAGAGAAACAUUCCUCAUCUCAACCAACUGCCUUCUCAUACUUGAAGGAAAAGCCCAGACGUCCGGGCACCGUCCGUCCCCGUCCGUCCGACGCCAAGCCUGCUUCCGCCGAGCCUGCUUCCACCAUGGCCGACAUCAGCAAACCAGCCCUCCAAUCCUCCUCAUCAACCUCUUCGUUCCAUACCGCCAAGAGUUUCUGGAGUGACAUGGACAAAAGCGAUAGCAAGAAUCGCGAUUCUUCUUCUUCUCCCAAGCCCGUGUCUCCUAUCAAGCCAGGUCAACCCCAAGGUGAUGUGACUGCUGUCUUUGAUCGUGUCUCAAGUAGUCCAUCCAAGGCCGCUGCUUCCAAGAUCCCGAUACCCAGCUCGGCGUCCAGCUCGUCCUUCCACGCCGUCAAGAACUUUUGGAACGGGAUCAGUGGCAGUAGCAGUUGUGGUGCUAUCGUUGACGGUUCAGAGGAUGUGAAGCCUGUUUUUGGUCCCUCUGCUGUUGCUGAUCGUGUGGGGGUGUUUAAGACGUCCAAGGUGGCGGAGUUGUCCGGGUAUACGGUGAAUAAGCCCGUGAAUGGCCCCGUCAAUGUCCGAAGCAGCAUCACCAGGAUUCCCAUAUCGUGCUCCGAGGCUGGUUCCGUGGGUCGCGAUGUAUCCAAGUCCAAGUCCAAGAUACCAGUAUCUUCCACUUUUUCCUACCACGUAACGAAGACUCAGCAAAGCCGUUAUGUCCCUCUUCGUGCUGUCAGUGGUGAUAGUGCUUCCCGGUCUAGCUUGAAGCCCUCAGCCGAUCCUACUUCAUCCCUGAGCGGCAUAUCCAGCUCCUCAUCCUACCGCACAGCGAAAAGCCAUCCCAACAACGGCAGCAAUAGUGACGCUUCCGCUUUUGCUUCCGGUCCCAAGAUGACAAGCACGGCCUUAACCACCGCCAUCCUUUCAAGCAACGACUCAGCGCGAGCCGAGGACACACCCUCCCUCCAGUCGCAGCUAUGGAACGAUGUGAUGAAUCUCUGCAUUUCGGAGUCGUCUUCAUGCCCGCAGUACAGCGACUGCGAUGAUUGUAUCUGGUCCGGUCAAGAGGGAGUUGAUCGCUGCAGCACGGUGGCGCGUGUUGACGAUGGGAAGUGUAGGGGGCGGUAA